AUGGAGGUUGACAUUGCGCCCCAGUUCGGCGCUGAACUGAAGGAUGGCUUCAAGUCAGUCAACGCCUGGGUUUCUGGCGGCAUCUCCUGGCUCGACGACAUCCAACAGUUCUACCGAGAACGAAGCGCUAUAGAAAAGGAGUAUGCGGCAAAGCUCAGCGCGCUAGCCAAGAAGUACUAUGAGAAGAAGGCGAAGAAACAGACCAGCCUGAGUGUGGGCGACACCCCUACUGUCACCCCAGGCUCCCUCGAAUGUGCUUCUUUGACCACAUGGGGAGUCCAAUUAAACACCCUAGAGUCGCGCGCCACAGAACACGAUCAAUUCGCCGGCGCCCUCAUCACCCAGCUCGCAGACCCCCUGAAAGUCCUCGGCACCCGCACUGAAGAAUUGCGCAAACUUCACGGCGACUAUGCUGCCAAGCUAGAGAAGGAACGCGACCACCAGUAUAGCGAGCUGCGCAAACAAAAGGGAAAAUACGACAGUGUCUGUCAAGAGGUAGAGAGUCGGCGCAAGAAGGUCGAUGGCGCAUUCGACCACGGCAAAGGCAAGGCGCGGAAUGCCUUUGAGCAGCAGCAGGUUGAGAUGCGCAAUGUCAAGAACACAUACCUCAUCAGUAUCAAUGUGACCAACAAGCAAAAGCAGAUGUACUAUCAUGAGUACGUCCCAGAGCUACUAGACAGCCUACAAGAUCUUUCGGAAACACGGGUCAACAAGCUGAACUCGAUAUGGUCCCUUGCCGCACAAAUUGAGACGCAAACUCUCAUGCGAAGCACCGACUAUUUGAAGCACCUCUCCGGCGAAAUACCGCGUAACAACCCCCUUCUCGACUCCAUGAUGUUCGUACGACACAACGCCGGUGCAUGGCAGGAACCGGGCGACUUCCAAUUCGAGCCCAGCCCGGUCUGGCUAGACGACAAUGCUAUCGCCGUUGACGAUUCGGCGACAGUUUUCUUACGCAACGUGCUCACAAAGUCAAAGGCUGCAUUGGCAGAGCAUCGGCGUGAGCUCGAAAAGAAGCGCAAAGAAGUGGAAACAGCCAAAACUAUACGGCAGAACAUCAGAGAAGGAAAGGACAAGAGGGACGAAGUAGACAUUGUUCGCUCUACCUUUGCCAUACAAGAGGCGAUGCACGAAGUCGAACGCCAGAAAGUGAGUGCCGAAGUCGAAGUCUCGACCAUUACUGCCGUUGUAGGUGAUCUCAGCAUCGGUGCAAGAAACCACAAUUUCAAGUCGCAGACGUUUAAGAUACCCACAAACUGUGAUCUGUGCGGAGACAGAAUAUGGGGAUUGUCUGCAAAAGGAUUCGACUGCCAGGACUGUGGUUAUACCUGCCACAGCAAGUGCGAAAUGAAAGUACCAGCGGACUGUCCAGGUGAACAAUCUAAAGUCGAGAAGAAGAAGCUGAAGGAAGAGCGACAAAAGGCAGCACACACAGUGACGGCGGCGGCAACGACAAACGGUACCAGUACAGCAUCUACUGCGGACUUGCCGAGACUAGGACGAAGUGACACAGUCAAUUCGAUGAAUACCCUAAGCUCCGGAUACUCGGCGACCGCGCAGCGCUCAGUGGCUGGAGGCAUGUCGCCAACUGCUGAAGAAACGCCACCCCCAGUAGAAAAGAAGGCCCCAGCACCAGCGCCGGGACCUAGGAAGAACCGGAUAGUUGCACCACCGCCUGCACAAUACAUCAAGCCUGAUAAUGAUUUGCCGCCACCUGCCCCCAAAUCCAACGAAGUCAAGGGCAGGAUGCUGUACGCUUACCAGGAGAAUGGCGAAGGUGAGAUAACAGUGACUGAUGGCAUGGAUGUCACUAUAGUAGAACCCGAUGAUGGUUCUGGUUGGACAAAGGUCCGCGCUGGUCACAAAGAGGGACUUGUUCCCGCGGCUUAUGUGGAGGUCGUAGUUGCGACACCACCAACAACAGCAUCUACCUUUUCAUCAAAUCGCCCAGACUCGACAUACUCUGCCUCUUCAGCGUCGACUACCAACAUUGCGGCUGCAGCUCCCGGUAAAAAGAAAGGACCAGCCGUAGCGCCCAAGCGUGGCGCAAAGAAGCUAAAGUACGUCGAGGCGCUAUACGACUAUACUGCGCAAAGUGAUGUGGAACACUCCAUGUCAGAGGGCGAUCGAUUCGUACUUAUCAACAUGGAGGCUGGAGAUGGUUGGGCAGACGUGGAAAAAGAUGGCGUUGUCCGGAGUGUUCCAGCCAACUAUGUUCAGCAGGUAUAGGUUACUUGUUUAGCCAUCACACGCGCGAGAUGAGCCGCCUCUGGUCAGGUAGUCUGGGCCUAGGGAAUGUGGAAGAAGCUAGACAGAUACCUUCGUCGUUGGCAUCAUUCGGGUUUGUACAUAGUUGAACUACAUAUCAUUACGUAAGACACAGCUGCACGCCAGCGAGACAUUUG